AUAUAUAUAUAUAUAUAUACACACACACGAAUAUCUUGUUCACUUGCAGUCAAAUUACUCGUCCCAGUGUAUGAGUGGUAAUAUUCACGCUCUAGUAAUCCGAUAAGGUUAGGGUUUGUUUGUUUUUUUUUGUUUUUUUUGCAACAUUUUGCUGAAAUUGAAAUGGAUAUUUUUAGAAGCGUGCUGUUAAAUCGGCCUUCCGCAUUGCCCUUUGUUGAACAAGUCUCACUUUUCGAGUGAGUGAAAAUAUAUUUUCGACCUGGAGUAACAAACAUUUCUUCAUGGCUUGACUUAACAUCCUCUCCUGGGUGCACAGGUGGAAGAGAAGAUCAAGCUUGUAGUAGUACUAAAAGAGUUGCCCCAAACUCAGUUAUUGUCAAAGGAAAUACAUACAUCGAUUUAUUUCAGUAUUUGUUGGAUGCGAGAAGUGGAUUCCUGGGAGUUUUCAAAUGACCGGCCUUUCAUCAGAUUCCACAGAAACCAUAGCGAAUGAUAGGAGUUCAGAAACGGAAUCCAGACCUGGAGAUUCAGAUCAGAACCGCAUUGCAGUCGCCACGGGGGAACUGAAAAAAGCAGGUUGGUACUGGGGUAAUCUGACAGCCAAUGAAGCCAAAGAGAUAUUGCAGGACACCACUGAGGGAACCUUCCUAGUCAGGGACAGCUCGCAGCAGGACUACCUGUUCACCAUUUCUGCAAAAACCUCAGUGGGACCAACCAACUUGCGCAUCGAGUACAGAGAUGGCAAGUUCAGGCUGGACUCUUGUUUGCUCAUCAAACCCAGACUCAAGCAGUUUGACACUGUGGUGCCUCUUGUAGAACAUUAUGUGUAUCUGUCCAGGAUUUCUAAAAGCUCUGAGUCAGCAUCACCACCCAACGGCACAGUGCAGCUCUUGUUGACCAAGCCUGUUUAUGCUUCAACUCCAGCUCUGCAGCAUCUCUGCAGAAUCUCCAUUAACAAGACUACCAAGAGGAUUCAGGAACUGCCUUUACCAAACAGGAUAAAAAAUUACUUGACAGAGUACAGUUAUCAUGUGUGAGAGCCAUGUUCUAGUACAGUAUGUGCAAGAAGAACAGCGUCUAAUACAUAAACCACUUUUUUAUCGUGCUUAAUUACCCAGAGACUUGACAUAUUGUGACUUAUUUUUGCCCUGUAAUAAAUGCACUUAAAAUAAGUAUGCAAUUCGCAAAAUAGAAAAGGUGAAAAAAAAUGAAGAAAUAUUUUAUGAAGCUAAAAUGUAUAUCAUUUUUUUAACUAAUACUUUUGAAACAAAAUAUUAAAAAGUAAAUUUUUUUCAUGCUUCUGACAUUUCUGUUUUGUGGUUUGUUGAUUAGAGACACAGCUCUGCUGAGUCAGUGGAGAUGCUACAGCAGGUACGAUGCUUGCUAUGUACAUUUUACUAAUUCGUUUUUAUAACUGUAACGGCUGCACCAGAUUACUGGAUGUAUUUAGAUGGUAUCUUUUCCCUCUGCUGCCCCCUCUCCUGUGUGCCUGAGUUGUGCCAACUGCUAAUGCCAAUUCAUUUUGUUAAUUUUUUUUAAUGAAAUUCAAUAUGAGUAAAAGGUGUGUUGAAAUAGGUUAUGUUGGGAAAAGUGACAUUUCCCCAACCACAAAUAAUUUGCAGUUCUGUGGUUGGCAGAUGAGAAAGUUAUUUGGUUUCUGUAUGAAUCAUCUAAAUUAAUGAUUUUUAAAAAAGUGCUGCAUGGUAUUAAUGUUUUUGUGUCUUAAAAGAGGCAGUUGAGAGAGGCAUCGUAUUGAGGCUAUAAAAGUUAAACGGUGAAGGGUCAGGGGUGGGGGUACUAAAUGCAUAUUUUCUUUAGCCAAAUAUUUUGCUGAAAAUAGUCUCUCGUUGAUGGUUACCUUUAAUUGCAGUAAGUUCUCGUGUUCAGUACAUUAAAAAAAAAAACUUUUAUAGUCUCUUGAUAUUGUAUACCUUGCUAUUUUAGUACUGUAUGUGAUUAUGGAUGUACACAUUUGAAAUAAAUGAUCAUUACUAGUGA